AUGAUUGGAUUCACAACAAAGUAUAUCUCAAGUGAAACGCUCGUCGACCCUGAAACGGACAAGAUUCUUCUGUUCGACUUUGACUGGGCCGCCAAUGAAAAGAAAGGCUUACUAGACGAACGAGACGAUGUCUCUAGUGUUGUGUUCACACUGUACGAGAUCAUCACAAACGAGACUCAUUUUACAAGCAUUCCCCACUAG